AUGUCAUAUCUUCCAACAGCUGUAGAACUUUCUUCGGAAAAGGACAAAAGUCCGCGAUGGUACGUAGCAAUUGCUUCUGGAUUUGUCGUUUUAUUGGUCGUGGUGGCCCUUUGCAUUCACGCGCCGUGCGAAUGUCUUUGGAGACGGCAUCGAAAUGCACAUUUUAAUUGCCCUAUAGCACGCUCUAAAGGAGGAAUGUGUGGAAAAUGCUAUGUUAAUAACAGCGCAACGACCACGACUUUGACAUAUAAGGAGAACCCUCAUAAAGUGUGCUUUACCAUGGCAUCCAAUGGCAGCUACCACCGUCCCAACUCAGGGGAGUACACUUCACAGGUAAAUAACAAAGUUGCGUUAUUUUAUAGCGGGGAGGUUGACACAUGCCUCCCUCACAACUAUAUUUUUUAUUUUAUUCUAAAGAUUACGUCAUUCUUUUUACACUUAGUAUACACGGAAUUCUAACCCGCAUCCACCUGGCAAACUAAAUCAAGCCAAGAGCAAAGUUACGAAUUUGUUUAAAGGAUCCCAGGGAAGUCCUAACACGCGUAAAGGAACAGCGGGGUAUCGCUACAGGCCACUAAAAAACACUCAGAAUCGAAAUUCACUUCACAGUAUGUAUGACCCUGAGUGGACGAGCGUUGGUGCUUUCCUGAACAAAAACCGAUCAUCGAGCACUUAUCUCGGCUACGGGAGCACAACCGAUUCUGAAGGAAAAUUCGUAGAUCGUUACUGCAGAUGGUCACGUGACUCAUUAGAUGCGGAGGGGGCGAUUGUCGAGUGUGCGCUUAAACUUCGUCCCAGGAAACGUCAAGUGAUUGAACUUCAAGAAUUCCCUCUUGGUUAUUCCAAGAGUUUUCUAAACAUUGACUUGGAAUCUAAUCCCGGGUUGGUGUUCGAUCCUCAUCGUGAUCAAAUGACAACGAAAAUGAAAGGUCGGAAACUCAACCGACUGACUUUCUCUGAUUCGGAUUUAAGACAGCUGUCGUGUAUGGAUAAACCAGGCAAUUACCAAAACAGAGAAGACCUGUUUGGUGCGGCAAAACCACGCAAAAGUAGUCUCAAAGUGGGAAAUGCAAGAAGAAAGACUAGUGCAAAAGUUUUGCACUUCUUUCCCUCAAACUUCAGCUACGAUGCGCAAUUCAUUCAAGUCCCUCCAGACAAAAAAUCUGAGAAAAACGCUUGGGAAUUUGAUGAAGGAAAUUCAACUCUUUGUUAUCAAGAUUCUGGCAAAGCUAGUUCCUCUUUUCCAGGCGUCGAAACCAGCUAUUUAUCUGGAUUAAAAUGCUCUUCAAAUUUUAAAGAUAAGGAGUUCUAUGAUCAGAGUGGUAGUCAGAAAUUAGGUAACUAUGAUAACACAAAAUCGUGCAGUAGAGAACGCGCUGUAGACUCUAAGGUGGACUGUCCUUCCACGGAACCUAACUUAGUACAGCCACGUGACUAUGCAAGUUCAUUUACUAAUUAUGGCUAUAGAUCUUCUAUUGAAGUCCCUACAGAACCCAAGAAUUUAGAACCCUGCAAUGCGUAUGCACCAAGUGAGAAAACUGACGGAAAGAAUUUGGAGUCAAUAUCAAGUUUUCAUACAGACAUCAAGGAAAACGAUUUAUGCUACAAGGCCGAGCCAUUGGCUGGUUUAUUAUCUCCCAUUCGUGGAGCAUUACCUCAGCAACACAUAUUGACGAUCUCGGGAAACUUGGUCUUUGAAAGGUCCACAGUGCCCACGGUAGAUCGCUCUUCAUCAAAAACAAACAGCAUUCGUCAACCUCAACGUACUAAUAGCACAAAAUGGAAACGUAGCCAUCAUGAAUCUGAAACAGGCGCUUUCGAAAGAGACGAAAUGCUAUCAGGCUUUGAGCAGUGGAUUCCCGAAAAGGAACAGAAAACAGAAACUUAA